AUGAGAGAGAUUGUCCAUAUUCAAGCUGGUCAGUGUGGAAACCAGAUUGGUGCCAAGUUCUGGGAAGUCAUCUCAGAUGAACAUGGAAUCGAUCCAACGGGGACAUAUCAUGGUGAUUCUGAUCUGCAGCUGGAACGCAUUAAUGUCUACUACAACGAGGCAUCUGGUGGAAAGUAUGUCCCACGGGCUAUCCUGGUGGAUCUAGAACCUGGGACAAUGGACAGCGUCCGUGCUGGACCUUUCGGACAACUGUUCCGUCCGGAUAACUUUGUAUUUGGUCAGAGUGGCGCUGGGAAUAAUUGGGCGAAAGGCCAUUAUACAGAGGGAGCUGAGUUGGUUGACUCGGUGUUGGAUGUGGUGAGGAAAGAGUCGGAGUCGUGUGACUGUCUUCAAGGCUUCCAGUUGACUCACUCACUCGGUGGUGGUACUGGUUCUGGAAUGGGUACACUGUUGAUCUCGAAGAUACGCGAAGAGUAUCCUGACCGGAUAAUGAACACGUUUUCAGUUGUUCCUUCGCCGAAGGUCUCGGAUACAGUCGUGGAGCCGUAUAAUGCAACGCUCUCCGUCCAUCAGUUGGUGGAGAACACAGACGAGACUUAUUGUAUCGACAAUGAGGCCCUGUACGACAUCUGUUUCCGGACUCUGAAGUUGACAACUCCAACAUAUGGUGAUUUGAACCAUCUGGUGAGUGCAACCAUGUCAGGAGUGACAACGUGUUUGAGAUUCCCCGGUCAAUUGAAUGCUGAUUUGCGUAAGUUGGCAGUGAAUAUGGUUCCCUUCCCACGUCUCCACUUCUUCAUGCCUGGCUUUGCACCGCUGACAAGUCGUGGUAGUCAACAAUACCGUUCAUUGACUGUUCCUGAGUUGACACAGCAGAUGUUUGACGCGAAGAACAUGAUGGCGGCGUGUGACCCACGACAUGGACGUUAUUUGACGGUGGCUGCCAUCUUCCGUGGUCGGAUGUCAAUGAAAGAGGUUGACGAACAGAUGUUGAAUGUUCAGAAUAAGAAUUCGAGUUACUUUGUUGAGUGGAUUCCGAACAAUGUGAAGACGGCUGUUUGUGACAUCCCACCUCGUGGAUUGAAGAUGUCGGCGACAUUUAUUGGGAACAGCACAGCUAUCCAAGAGUUGUUCAAGCGUGUGUCUGAACAGUUCACUGCUAUGUUCCGUCGUAAAGCUUUCUUGCACUGGUACACUGGUGAGGGUAUGGAUGAGAUGGAGUUCACGGAGGCUGAGUCGAACAUGAAUGACCUGGUGAGUGAGUACCAACAGUAUCAAGAUGCAACGGCCGAGGAGGAGGGUGAAUUUGAAGAGGAGAUUGAAGAUGCUUAA